UUAGCUACAAUCCGAAUAACGAACGGGGAAAGAGACUGUCAGUUAUGAGAGGGGGGAGGGUUCGAGCGCAGGUGGGGUCCCUGGGCAAGAGUUGGGGGACGCUGAGCAAAGUGUGAACUUGUAGGCGCAGCAGUUUCCCGCUUCAGGUAUGGUGAUGCUCGGUGGAAACGGCGAUGCGGUGAGGAUCCAGAGAUGAUACGGCUUAAGAAACCCGGGCCGGAGGAAGAGGCAGCUAGCUCGCUACCACGGGCUAUGUCGUGCUGGUCGCUAGUAGUAGUGUGGCGAGACUGAAGAAUAAGAAUAUUGCUGGAUUUUGCAAGGAGAAGGUUUUGAGAAGGGACCAAGAUGCCUAAGGAGCAGGUGUGUCUAGGAGAACGUGCACCCCGUGGUGCCAGCAAGAAUGCCAAGGACAAGAGUAACAGCGCCACUCUACUUGCAUCGCGAGACAGAGCAAGCGGGGAUGACGGAUCCAGCAGGCAGGGUUCGUGCUGCAGUUCGGAAAAGGACUCUGGGUAUUCUGACACGGGGUCAGACUCACUCCAGACUGAUGUGGAGGACCAGCGCAGCGGGGCGAGGAAACACUGGGGAGGAGCAUGGAGUCCGGGUCGAGUCGGGGAAGUUGGCGGCCAAGCUGCUGCCCGACACAGCAGCAACGCUCCCGUUUCUGCUGCAGCAGAGUUCAGGGAGCUGACUCCUAUCUACAUCCUCAAGAACGUGCUGCUCAAGCAGCCUCUCACCGUGCCACCGGGGCCCGAACAGCUCCUGCACAGCCAGCUGGCAUGGGGAGGGAGGGGGCUUGGCGCACAGACCCCCACCCAGCUCGUCUUCAUCCAGCAGCCGGGGAUCCCCGCCCCCGCCCCCGCCCCCGCCCCCUUGCACAUCGUCAAGCCCCCGGCCGCCAAGGCAGGCGGCGGCAGCAAUAAGAACAAGGGAUCCUACCUUCCUAUUCUCAACUCCUACCCCCGCAUUGCCCCUCAUCCGAGCAAGAAGACACCUGAGCAGGACAAAGGGGGCGCAAAGGGGAGCGGUAGCGAGAGCCACAGCCUGAGCAAGAGGAUGUGCACGGAGGAGAGGAGGGAAGCGGUGUCCUCUACAUUGCAGCUCGUCAAACAGCCCCAGCACUCCCAGCAGGAGAGCAAGCCCCGUAACCAUUCCACUUCCCACUGCCACUCGCGCUCUCUAGGGGGUGCUGAUUCUACUUCCUCGUCCCACACCCAGAAACAGCCUCCCCUCUCGCAGCCCUGCCCCCGCCGCAGUCAGCAGCCUCCCCGCGGCUCUUCUCGCUCCUAUCCGUUAAGUUCUCCCUCUGUCUCCAGUUCGGAGACCACGCUCUCCUCCGUUUCUCCUCCGUCCCCGGAAGCCCCGCCUCGUCCUACACCCAGGCCCUCCUGCAAGCAGAGCACAGCCCGCCAGCGCCGCUUUCUCAACACGAUGGAGAUCCUGAGCCAGUCAGGGCUGCUGGACAUCACCAUGCGCACUCAGGAGCUCCUGCGUCAGAGUGCCGCCACAGAGCGCGACAUCACCCAGCUACAGCAACACGCCCAGCUGCUGUGCCAGGCUGCCCAGGGGGGGCCCGAUGCCACCACUGCCUGCGAGAAGCUAUAUCAGGCUAUGCUGGUAUCUGGCCGGUAUCCAGACCUCAGCCAGCUGGGCAUCGGUUGCAGCAGUUCUGAGACAGACCAGGCCUGUCCUGCCCCAGUAGAAGAGAAGGGUGUUGAUAGGAAGAAUGACGCUGUUGUGACCGUCAUCCAUAAAAAUCACAAUGAGGAGGCAUAUCCACCCUCUCCUCUGCUUGCCUCCACUCCCGAUCCUGCAGACUACAGUGGGGAGGUACAGGGCAGCCCUUCACAUCCUUCCAUUGUCUCUCUGUCCACUGACCAUAUGGCGAGUUCCAAGUCUCCGCUGGAUGCUGCGAUGCCCCCAGAUAGCUCCACCCAUAGUGGCCUGCAGUAAUGACCUCUCAGGGUCGGAUUAGUGGUUUGCUAUCUGCCAGAGGUAAGCAGUAGGCCUCUGGAAGUUCUGAAUGAGUGGCCCGCACCUAACUGUGCACAUCUUUGUUUUCUCUCAUGGUUUCGCACUGCAGUAAUAUGAAAAGAUUACGUUCUGUGUCGAUUUGUAGCUGCUUUAGAAGGAUCCACGGAAAAGGAUGUGCGCCGUUAUCCUCGAGUCUUCAGAAUCAUGGAGUACCGUGCUGCUGCCCUGUCUUACAGAUGGAAGUUUAUCCUGUUAGAUUGAGUUAGCUCUGGUUAUUACCUUCCUUCCUGAUGGUUAUUGGAGUACGCCGAUUGUAAGUGCUAGCCGUUCGUCUGGUACCGUUGAUCGGAUUUUCGCCCUGAUGUAAAUUUCCCUACUUUUACCAGCUGUAGAUCAAUAGGUUCUAGCUGUGAAGUCACAUGACUGGAUUGUAGAGAAGCAAACUCAUAAUGGAAGCAGGUGGUAACACAGUUUUUAGAGUUGUCACCUUGCAAUUGAAAAGACCAGGGUUCAAAUUCCACCUUGAGUAAAAUUGAGAAAGGUAGUCGUCUUAGUCUAAAUUCAUAACAGUAAAAACUAAAUUCUCAGCUGUCUAAAUCCCGGUGGACAAAGCUACUUAUACUCAUAAUAUAAGUUGCUUUGGGGAAAAGCAUCAGUUUACCAAAUAAAU